AUGGUGGUCUCCGUGGCUGACGACUUAGUUACUAAACUCCACGUGCAAAAUCCAGACGGUGUGACGCCAUCGGUUCUACUAGCAUUUUUAAGCAGUAUCAAGGAGAAGCCGGAGGUGCUCACGGAGGCCACGGUGGAGUCUGUCCUUCUGAUGUGCAGCAGUCACUACACUGGGGUUCUGUUGGGGUUCAAUAACAUCAAGCGUGCUGUGUACGUCUUUUCCAAUUAUACAAAGGACCAGUACUACGCCCUUUACUUGUAUUGUGACAAAAGAUACCGAGGAAUUUUGAGUUCCAGCGAGUUAAUUUCGGCCCUCAGGCGCAUUAACAUCGGCCUGACUGAGCGCGCAUGUGCGUCUAUGCUUGAGGACUACACCCAGGAGAUUGCAGCGAACAAGGGCAUCACGUACCGCACUUUCAUGCAAGUCCUGGUAAAGUGCAUAAUCUUCAGACGACAAUUCCUGGAUGCUCUUGAGGGAGACAAGAACCUUACCUAUAUACGAAUCAAGCGGUGA